AUGGAAUGGUCAAAUAUGGUUGCUUGGGAUGAUACCGGGGAUGAGUUGUGUUCAACGUCACCUAUGCAAACAUUUCAUAAUAACAAUACAUGCACAGAAAGGAAGGAUCAGGAGUUUCACUGGAACCUCUCACCGCCUCGCGGUAGUAUACUCAUAAUUACUUGUCCAACUCAACUGAUCAUGAGUAACCCUGGGGCUUUAGUCAGGAUAAUCAAGCUUGGUAGUGAGAGUCUCACAGCUUAG